GAAAAAAGAAAGAAUGAAAGGGAAACAGAGUACCUCAGAAAUCAAAUAGAGAGAAAUAUAUUACAUAUAAUAAUUUCGUUUCUUCCCUUGCUCUAUUUGAUUAUCUUUUUGCUUGAAUCUUUGGAGCAUCUCUUUCUUUCUCUUCUCCCAUUAGCUUCCUCUCCGGGUUUAGGGUGGUUACGUCACUUUCUCCGAGCUUAGGUCAUCGACCGAUCUUCACUCCUCUACAUUUGAUUCUUUAGCGGCAUUACGCCAUCUCUCUCUGAGUUCAUGAUCAUAUGAUACUUUCACCUUCUGAACAAAAUGGGACAUCUCUCCUCCAUGUUCAACGGCUUAGCUAGAUCCUUCUCUAUCAAGAAAGCGAAGAGCAAGAACGGCCAAAGCUACGCGAAGGAAGCCGCAGAUGAAAUGGCCAGAGAGGCGAAGAAGAAGGAGCUGAUCCUGAGAUCCUCUGGUUGCAUUAAUGCAGAUGGAUCAAAUAACUUGGCUUCUGUUUUCUCCAGACGCGGUGAGAAAGGCGUUAAUCAGGACUGUGCCAUCGUCUGGGAUAGAUUUGGAAAUCAAGAGGACAUGAUCUUCUGUGGGAUAUUUGAUGGACACGGUCCCUGGGGACACUUUGUUUCUAAACAAGUCAGAAACUCAAUGCCUAUAUCUUUGCUCUGCAACUGGAAAGAGACUCUUUCUCAGACCACUUUAGCAGAACCCGAAACAGACCUAGACGAAUCCGAUAAAAAACUACAGCGGUUUGCCAUCUGGAAAUACUCAUACCUCAAAACUUGUGAAGCUGUUGAUAGGGAGCUUGAGCAUCACCGAAAGAUCGAUUCUUUCAACAGCGGCACAACUGCCUUAACGGUUGUGAGACAGGGUGAAGUUAUUUAUAUAGCAAACGUUGGGGAUUCACGUGCGGUAUUGGCCACGGUUUCAGAUGAAGGGAGCUUAGUCCCGGUUCAGCUCACCGUAGAUUUCAAACCAAAUCUUCCCCAGGAGGAAGAGCGUAUAAUAAGAUGCAACGGGCGAGUGUUCUGCCUCCAGGACGAGCCAGGAGUCCACCGUGUGUGGCAACCAGAAGAGGAAUAUCCAGGACUGGCAAUGUCAAGAGCGUUCGGAGACUAUUGUAUCAAAGAGUACGGUUUGGUCUCAGUGCCUGAAGUCACUCAAAGGCAUAUCUCCACUAGAGACCAGUUUGUAAUUUUGGCCACGGAUGGGGUAUGGGAUGUGAUAUCAAACCAAGAGGCCAUAGACAUUGUUUCCUCGACCGCUGAUCGGCCAAAGGCGGCCAAACGACUGGUACAGCAAGCGGUGAAGGCUUGGAAUAGAAAGAGACGUGGAAUUGCCAUGGAUGAUAUCUCUGCCGUUUGCCUCUUCUUCCAAUCUUCACAGUCUUCCUCAUCUCUAUCGCAACAUAUUCACCCUGACACGACCUGUAAGUAGGUAAUGGAUUUGGGACCAGGCUAAAAACAGAACAAUGAUGUGAUGUAAAUAGACUUUCUUAUAAUCACAUUGAAUAUCAAAUUUCUUGCCGACCA